ACCAAUGUCGGCUCUUCUGCUUGAUUUUGCGCAACUACACAAUCUGCCGAUGUGGACAGGUGUCGCUCUCGGAUUACUCUCUUUGCCCUACCGUGGAUGAUGCACCGUCGUGAUUGGCGCGAAAACCGCUGCCCACAUCUUACCUGCAGAAGAUGUCACAGUACCGGGAAAGGGUUUUCCAUGCUUUAAAGGCAUAAAGCAUGCUGCCGCCUGCAGCUUUGCCCAACUCAAACCCUUGUCUCAAUCUAUCAACAACAUGUCUUUAGGAAGAACAGCAGUCCUUAACACUGGUGCGAAGAUCCCUCUGCUCGGUUUCGGAACAUGGCAAAGCGAACCGGGCCAGGUGGGAGCUGCAGUUCACGAGGCGAUCAAGGCCGGCUAUCGCCAUCUGGAUCUAGCGAAAGUCUACGGUAACCAGAAGGAAGUUGCGCAAGGCAUCAAGAAGGCCUUUAGCGAAGUGCCCGGCCUGAAGCGUGAGGAUCUCUUCAUCACCUCCAAGCUAUGGAACACGCAGCACCGUCCGACGCACGUCGCUGCAGCUUUGGACGAUUGUCUGAAGGAGCUGGAACUGGACUACCUAGAUCUCUAUCUCAUGCAUUUCCCGGUUGCAUUCGACGACACGUCCUCAGCAAACCCUCACCAAGACCUCUUCCCUCUGCGCGACGACGGUGACGUCAAGAUCAGUGACGAGAUCUCUAUCCGGGACACCUGGAAAGCUAUGACGAAGCUCGACAAAACAAAGGCCCGUGCAGUCGGCGUGUCAAACUUCACCCCCCAGCAUCUCGAGUCCGUCAUCAACGCGUCUGGCGUCACUCCCGCAGCCAACCAGGUGGAGCGCCAUCCAUUGCUACCGCAGCCGGAGCUUGUCAGCUACUGCGCUGGCAAGGGCAUCCACAUCACCGCAUACUCGGGCUUCGGCAACAACAUGUUCGGUGAACCGCUGGUGAUAACCUAUCCGGAGGUGAAGAAAGUCGCCGAACGGCUGAACGCUACUCCAGCUCAAGUUGUCCUCGCAUGGUCCCAGGUUGGGGGUCACAGCGUGAUUCCGAAAUCAGUCACUCCGCAACGCAUCCGAGAGAAUUUCCAAGAGGUUGAGCUAUCGCCAAGCGAUAUUGAAGCGAUCAAUGGACUUGGAAGUCGGGCAAGACGAUAUAACAUCCCAUACAUCGCGAACAAGCCGAGAUGGCCCGUCAACAUCUUCAACGCGCCAGAGGAGAAGGAAGCCCCGCACAGCGUCGUUGUCUAGAUGACAGUUCAGAAAGGCCUGCAGAUGCAAACAUAGUAGGCUGUAUAGAUCAUGAGAAGGCGCUCAUGCUCCGUCUGCACGAGAUAGAUUACAACUAAAAGAACUGUACUUCCUAGACCAAUCCUUUCAGACGGGAUUGACACCUUUGUGGCUGACUUUCUUCUGCUUCACUGCACGAUCUUCGUUCCGAAAUAGGAUAUGCUCAG